UUGUAUUUCACUUAAAAAAGUAAAAUCAAAGCUAAUGAGAAACAUUCCCUAUUCAAUUAAUUAUAAUAUAACCCCGCGUGAAGUUAAAUUAAUAUACCGUUUGUAAUUUGUUAUGAGUCAAAGUAUUACCGGUCCAAACAGAUACUUUCGCUGUCUCCCCUUUAAUCUCCAUUUGGGACCUUUCGGCCAAUGUUCCAGUUUCAAGUGUUGGGUCUUUGACCUGUUUCAAAAUACACAAAUUUCCCGACGUGUACACCCACAAAUUUUCUGAUGUUUGGCCUUGUGGGAUUCUUUCAAAUGUCACAUUAUGUCCUGUGGUCUCUUAAAGAUCGUUCGUUAUACCCACACUUUUUAGGUCCAAACGUGAGGAGGGUGUAUUAGAGUUAGUCCUACAUUACUAAUGUGUGGAAAUAAAUUGUGAUAUAUAAGAUGAAUGGGCUACUCCUUCCAUUACAAAUUAGUUUUGAGAUAGAACUUCAUUCAUCUUAUCCCCAAAUUCUAACAAAUUAUAUCAAUUUUUGUGUCAAAUUUUAUAAAGUGAUGAUUGAAAUAAUGCACAUUGUUUUUUUUUUAAAUAAAAUCUAUGAAAUUAAAAAGUAAACAAAACAAAAUAAGGCAUAUUUAAAAUGUAAAUAUAUAAUAUAAUGGGUGACUAUUCAAUGGUUACAUUUUUAUUGUAACCAUAUGGUUACAUUUUUUUUUUGACAUAUAAUAGCAGGUUACCAAUAAGUAAAAAUUCUAUUUUUAGAAUUAAUUAAUUAUAAUUAACUAUUUUUUAAGUAAUUAAAUAAAUAUUUAAGAAGACCUUUUUGAGCAAUUAAAAUUUAGAGAUUUUACACCUGAUGUCAAAUUUGGUAUCUUUUUUACAUUUUUGUCAAUACACGGUUUUUUAAACUUUUUAAACUUUUACAUUUUUUAAUUUUACUUUUCAAAAAGUUUCAUAAUUACAAAAUUACCUUCUCCCUUCCUUCCUUACACACGUUCACGCACGCCACCUCAUAACUCCUUUUUUCUUUUUCUUUUUUUUAAUUUUUCCUUUCUCUGCUUCUUCUCGUCUUCAAACCGUUGCUUCCCACGAUCACCAUUUUCAAGCCCUAACCCAUUUCUUCUUCCCACGAUCACCUUCUCCAAGCCCUCACCCACGUUUUCCUCAACCUACAUUGUCAUCCUCCACUAUUUUUUUUCUAUAUAAAUGGCAACCACUAGAAGUGGUUCGAAAUCACCAUCUCCGGCGAAGAAACAUUCUAAAAAAUCGAAGAAGCCUCCAACUGUUACUUCCAAAGUCGAAGCUAAGAUGGGGUUAAAAAAAAUUGCUAAAAAUUUAGUGGGUAAUGUUCCAGAGAUAUCGGGCACUAAGAAAAGAGCCCUUCCAGUUAAGGUCGAUGCUCCUAAGCCUAAGAGAGCAAAAAUUUCCAAGUCUGCACGCGAUGUAAGUUUCUUUUUGUUGUUUUUAAAUUUUUCUUUAGUUUUUUUCUGGUUGUUCUAUUUGUGGUGUUACAUUUGAUGAUUUAAAGUUUUCUCCAUUUUUUGUUCUAGGUUUCCUCAGAUUCUGAUUUUGAGGAUGAAGUGCAUGCUGAGGACCAAAAGCCUAAACUUAAAUCGAAGGUAAUUUUAAAUUGCUUGGUUUCAUUUUAUUGAGUUAAUUUUUACAUUAGCUUUUUAGGUCACUGAUUUAGGUGUUUAUCAGGAUUUUUUUUAUGUUUUUUUGUUGUUCUUUAUGUAUUUCUGUCAUGUAUUGUGGUUGAUGUUGUUUUCUUGUUUUUAUUCAGUUGUUGUUUGGUUGUUUUAAAAUUACACAGUUCAAUUCGUAUUGUGUUACAGUUUUUAAAUGCAUUUCCCCAUUGGUUGUUUAUAUGUUUAUUGUGAGUUUAUUUUCGGUUGUUUUACACACUGUUAGUAUUGAAAAGCAUUUUACUAAUUUCAUUUGCAACAAGAUCUUUCAGUGUUGUUUAUUCUUUAGUUUUUAUAUGUUUAUUGUGAGUUUUUUCUCAGUUGUUUAUCACAAUAUUAUUAUCGAGUACCAUUUUCGAAAUUUCAUAACAACGAGCUUCUACAGUGUUGUUAAUAGUUUAGUUGUUUAUCUGUUUAUUGUUAGUUUUGUUUUUGUUGUUGAUCAUUAUAAAAUUGUUAGUUUUCUUUGGGUUUUUUAUGAUAAUUUCAGUAUUCACAACCAUUUUAUAACUUUUUUUUUUAUAAGUUGUGACAGUGUUGUUACUGUAUUUUUUGAAAGCUGUUUAUCUUUUACGUUUAUCAUACUGUAAGGGUUUCAUAAAUGUUGUUUUUAGGUUUUUUAUUGGUUGUAUUUUGGUUACUACAUUUUUAUAUCUUCCUUGUUCUUGUAUCUCAGAUUUGUUGCUUAUGUUUUACUUUGUAUUUCUUUUUUUUUUUGCAGGUCCAUGCUAGGACCUCAGAGAAGGUUGAAGGAUUUGACUUACCAAAGAAAAAUCCCCCUAAGGUGUCCUUUUUUUUUAAAAAAAAAAUUAUUUUUAUUAUUUGUUUUCUGUUUCUGUUUUAGUUUUUUUGUUUUGUCCUGAUUUAUUUUGUUUCAAUUGAUACAGGAAUGAGAUUAUAUUUAUGACCAGAAGAAUCUCUUCAUUGCGAAAGCCUUUUCGACUACUACUUUCCAGGUGAUAGAGAACAUUAAGUCUUGUCUUUCAGAUGAACAGCUUGAAAUGUUUUCCAAAACCUGUUUUGGACAUUUCCUUAACCUUCCUGAUUUUAAAGUUCAACCGCAAGUGUUUCAUGGGUUGUUGCUGCGGGAGGUUCAGCAACCUAAUGAUGCUGAGUUGUGGGUAAUGAUAGCGGUGUUAGGCUUAGGUUUAGCAUUGAGGAGUUUCCUUUGAUUACUGGGUUAGACUGUGAAGGUGACUGUAGUGUUUUAGAUUUUAAGCAAGACGUUAAUAGUCUUUCUGAAAAAUAUUGGCCAACUUCGUCCUCUAUCACUAAGGAAUCUGUUAGGGAAUGUUUUACCACCAAGAGGUGGGGUGAUUCUGAUGAGGAUGCUGUGAAGUUGGCAGUUUUGUAUUUUGUGCAAUGGUUCUUGCUUAGUGGCACUAAGCAUAAAAAUGUACCUAAGUCUAUUUUAGAUGUUGUAGAUAGUGGGAGGUACAAUGAAUUUGCUUGGGGACGGAGUUCUUUUGAACUGACUAUUUCCUCAUUGAAGGGUAAGCUUGACAGUUGGGUUGAGGGUGUUAGGAAGGCAAGGAGUUCGGGAAAGAGGCCGAGUGUUUUUAACACUUAGAUUGGUUGUCCUCAUGUUUUUCAAAUUUGGUUCUAUGAGUGUUGUAAGUACAUGAAAGGUAAGUACUGCCAAAAGGAAAACUCUCGUAUUCCAAGGAUCAUUCAGUGGACAUGCAAUAGUCAGCCUACUUUCAAAGUUUUGAAGACUACUAUUUUUUAUGUUUCCAAAGAUAAGGUAUAUCUGUUUGUUGUAAUUUGGUUUUUUAGUAGUUGUUUUUAUGUUGUUUUUCAUUAUUAAUAAUCUUCAUAAUUGAAAUUUUCAUUUUGUUGUUUUUUGAUCAGCUGCAACUAUCAAAUAUGAGGCCCACUGCUGGUGAGUUCAAAGCUUUGAAACUGAGCAGUUUCAAGUUUGACACUGACUACAACUCUUACAAGAGUGUUCCUGUUCCCGAAGAGCCUUCUGUUGCUCAGAGUGACAUUUCUGUCAAGCUUGAUGCUUUUUCUGAGAAAUUUGAUGGGUUGGAGGUGAAGAUCGAUUUGUUGCAUACUUCCCAACAGAAGAUUUCAUCUGAUUUGGUUGAGUUGCAAGAGUUUGUGUCUGCACAGUUUGUUUCUUUUGGUGCUCAGAUGGCUUCAAUGCAGACACAGUUUUCUACUGUUUUUGCCGAUUCUUAUGCUAAGGACAAAGGCAGUGACUCUUCCAAUGAUGAUGGUGGAAGUGGUAAUGAAGAAGAUUUUGAUUUAGAUGAAUCUGAAGAAACUGAUGACAAUGAAGAAGAGAAUGUUAUGGGUGAUGAAGAAGGUGAGGGUAGUGAAGGUGAAGAGAAGGAUGGUCAAGCUAAUGAAGAUUCUGAGUCAAAAGAAAAAAAUGAUAAGGCCAGUGAUGAUGAAUGCACUGAUAGUGAGGAGAAGGUAGAUAAGUAG